CGCCCCCUCGCGGGCAGGUACAGCUAGUUGAGGCCCUGGGAGCCGGGUAGGUGUCGCGCGCCGACGAGGAGAAUGAGGCUCGUCUGCUCCCUGCUGUGCGCGGCCGCCCUGGGGCUGUGUCUGGCUGUCCCUGAGAAAACUGUGAGAUGGUGCACUGUCUCGAAUCUUGAGGCUAGUAAGUGCUAUAGUUUCCACGACAAUAUGAAGAAAGUCCUCUCAGUGGGUGGUCCUCAGGUCACCUGUGUGAAGAGAACCUCUUACCUUGAUUGCAUCAGGGCCAUCGCGGCACACGAAGCAGAUGCUGUGAUGGUGGAUGGAGGUUUGGUCUAUGAGGCAGGCCUGAGGCCCUACAACCUGAAGCCUGUCGUGGCAGAGUUCUAUGGGUCAAAAGAUGAUCCACAGACUCACCAUUAUGCUGUAGCUGUGGUGAAAAAGGGCAGCAACUUCCAGCUGAAUCAGCUCCAAGGCAAGAAGUCUUGCCACACAGGCCUGGGGUGGUCUGCCGGGUGGAACAUCCCCAUGAGGAUACUUCUUCCCUCUGACUGGUCCCAGGAAGCAGUGGCCAAGUUCUUCGUGGGCAGCUGCGUCCCCUGUGCAGAUCAGUCGAACUUCCCCCAACUGUGCCAACUGUGUGCGGGAAAAGGAAUGGACAAGUGCGCCUGCUCCCACCACGAACCGUACUUUGGCUACUCGGGGGCUUUCAAGUGUCUGCAGGACGGUGUGGGGGAUGUGAGCUUCGUGAGGCAUCUGACGGUAUUUGAGAACCUGGCUAACCAGGCCGACAGGGACCAGUAUGAGCUGCUCUGCAGAGAAAACACCCGGAUGCCUGUGGACGCGUACAAGGGGUGCCAUCUGGCCCGGGUCCCUUCCCAUGCCGUCGUGGCCCGAAGUGUGGAUGGCAAAGAAGACUUGAUCUGGGAGCUUCUCAAUCAGGCUCAG